CGUUACACCGAUUAAAAAUCAAAACCUUUCCAGUUCUAGGGUUAGGGUUUAAGCGCACCUGAAAUUAAAACACCAACAAGUCCCUUGGCUAUCCGUACGAAAUGUCGAAGAAGAACGAUUUAGGUCGUAGAAAGAGACAACAUGAAUUCGAGCUUCAACGAGAGAAGGAACUGAAGGAGAAGAAGCAGAAGAAGCUUCAAGCGAAGAAAAACAAGAUGAAAGUUGAUGGUAAAGACAAGAAUAAGCAGAAGAAAGGUGGAGGUGGGUUUCAAGUAGGGAAGAGAAAGGUGAAGACCAAAUUGAGCGCAUUGGCAAAAGCUAAAGCUGAUCAAGCAAUGCAGCUUGAUUAGUGAGGUUCAAGCUUAUAUCUUAUCUCAUCUUUUCUUUUCUUUUCUUUUCUUUUGAAUUCUAAUUAGCUGUAAUAGUUUAAUGGUGCUAGAUUUGCAGCUUCAAUUUUUGUUAUUCAGACGGGGAGCUAUAUAUUUAAUGUUGUUUUUAGGAUA